CGAUGAUAUCCGACUUUUAUUCCAACCCUUCUCAUUCUUUUGAUAUGCUUGUAUAGUAUGAUAUUGGUCUUUUAUUAUGGAACCCCAUGCGUGAUCCCGUUCCCCGUACUACUCUUGAUUUAAUUCUUUGUCCACGAGGGUUUAUUUGGGCGCCCUCUCUGCCCUGACUCAUGUUCUGAUCAAUAUCGGAUUUUGUUAUUCUUCACCCCAUCAGUAUCCCACGACAAUCUACUCAACUUUUUGGAUAGUGUCUUGAUAGUGGCAUGGCACCGUCACUGGGAUAUCAGUCUCCGUCCGACCUCGGCCCAAAUCCUUGGUCGAACGGUCUGACGUCCCCCCCCAAGAGCAUUCUAUAUAUUGAUGCAUACGAUUCAUUUUCCUACAAUGUCGUGGCCAUGCUUGAAGAGGUCUUGGGAGUCAAGGUCACGGUGAUGAUGAUCGAUUCGAAAUGGCCAGACAAUAACAUGGCUCAAUGCCUCGAGCGUUAUGAAGCUGUCGUCCUGGGACCCGGACCGGGGAAUCCGAGCAUCCCCCGUGAUGUCGGGAUCAUGCAGGACAUCUGGCGUUUAAGCGACGACCAUUUGGUGCCCGUCUUGGGGAUCUGCCUUGGCUUCCAGAGUUUGUGUCUUCACCAUGGUAUCCCGAUUGAGCGCUUGCCUGCGCCUCUGCAUGGUCAGAUCCACCAGAUCUCUACAGCUCAGACAGACAUCUUUGAGGGUCUGCAGGGGGCAGGGGUGACUCUCUAUCAUUCGCUGUAUGCUCAAGCGGACCCUAGGCGUGAUCUGUCCUCCAAUGGACCAUCUGGGUGCCCCAGGGUCAAUCCACCGGCAGCUGAAGAUUUAGAAUUCGUGGCCUGGUCAUCUAUUGAACAAGGCAGUUCAUCCGACACAGUGCAUAUCCCCAUGGCUGUGCGGCAUCGGCGAAAACCAUUCUGGGGCGUUCAGUUCCACCCUGAGUCCUGCAAAUCGGACCGAAAGGCCUGCACUGAGAUGCUCAGGAGAUGGUGGCAGACUUCACUCGCGUACAAUAAGAAAUAUCGCCGUGCUGUCACUGAGAGCCCCCCGGCUGAACUUUCCAGCCACAUCAGCGCCGUGACUCCUUUACCGGAUAUUGUACUGACAAUGCUUGAGUGGAGCGCUUCGACCUCGCAUCGUUCGCACUUUCGGUCUUUUACGUCCCACAGCUUGGACGCCGAAACUUUACUAGAAUAUUUCAAUACCUCAGGCUCUCCGGCAGUCCUAUUUCAGUCCAAUGGCAAGCACAGUGUUAUCUCAGUGCCGAGUCCCACCAGUUGGAGAUUGGAAUACUAUACGCAGUCGGAAGAGCUGGUCUUGGAGACAUUACCCGACCCCUGGACCCACUGCAAAGCGACAGAAUCUCAACAUGACCUGUCUGCAUGUUCUCUGCCAGUGGUUCAAUUUUGGGAUGUCCUUAGACAUGUCAUGCACGCGAAAAAGGUCGACACGGGAGACCAUACGGUGCCAUUUUGGGGCGGUUUUCUGGGCUAUUUUUCAUAUGAAAUGGGCCUAGCAUGCCUCGCCCGGCCAAAGCAUCAUGGCGACAUCUCUCAUCACGGCCUUCCCUCGACUAGCGAAGAGGCUUCUAGUGAAGAUCCCCCUGACGUCAGUCUUAUGUGGACCGAGAGGAGCAUUGUCAUUGACAAUGAGACGGGGCGUAUAACAAUACAGUCCACUCUUGACUCUGACGAGUCGCCCGAUGGAUGGUUGAGCCAGACGUUGCAGUCUCUGGUGGCUCUAUCCACGGAACCCAUAGACGCCGGAAAUGACGCCGGAGAUGCGGAUUUCCUGGAUUCCAUCCUCCGAAGAGGCACCGUGCGGUUCCCAGAUGAAGAAACAUACCAAAGUCAAGUAGAGGCUUGCAAAGACGAACUUGAGGCUGGCGAGUCAUACGAACUAUGCCUCACCUGCGAAACAUCCAUCACACUACCCUCACCCGAUACCGACAGUGGCCGACGAAACUUUCCCUGGAAACUCUACAGGCGACUACGAAAAUACAACCCUGCUGCAUUUAGCGCCUAUGCGAGGUUAGGGGAUGUAAAAAUCGUGAGCAGCAGUCCCGAGUGCUUUCUGAACUGGGAUCGGACAUCCACGCUCGAGAUGAAGCCGAUGAAAGGCACCGUGAGGAAGUCCAGCGACAUGACCCUGGAGAAGGCCAAGGAGAUCCUGGGCUCAAGGAAGGAAAUGGCCGAGAACCUGAUGAUCGCCGAUCUGAUCCGCCACGAUCUCUACGGGAUCUGCGGUUCGGGGGGCGUCUCAGUGGAAAAGCUUCUUGAAGUGGAAGACCACGGCCGAGUAUACCAGAUGAUUACCCACGUCAAGGGUCAAGUCGAUCCGAAGCGGCCGAGCCUCGCGGUGCGCGAUAUGCCACAGCUUCAGUCGUCGAACAUGUCGGGGUAUGGGCUAGUGGCGCUCCAACGAUGUCUCCCACCGGGUUCCAUGACGGGGGCGCCGAAAGAACGCUCAUGCAUGCAUCUGUCUGCGAUUGAAGGCCGCAAUCGAGGGAUCUAUUCCGGCGUCAUGGGCUUCUUGGAUCUCGGAGGGGGCGGGAGCUUUUCGGUUCUGAUCCGCACGGCGUUCACCUGCUCCGCUGACACCCAGGCUGAGCAACGGUGGCGCAUCGGGGCUGGCGGUGCUGUGACGACUCUGAGUACAGCCCAGGGUGAAUGGGACGAGAUGCUGACCAAGCUGAAGACCGUGUCAAUUGACCUGAGACGUGGUGCAUCGAUGGCGACCGGCCAAGAUGCUUCAAUGGAGGAGAUCCUCUGGCGAUCUCCCCCGCACGUCCAGAUGAUGGGAGGAUACCUCCAUUCAAACAACAUUCUAUUCUACUUCGCCGAGUCCCCAUUCUUCGAUGCGACGUCCAACAACGCCUCUCUGGCCAUCCAGGCCAACUACAAUGAAGCCUUCCGCCAUUUCGUGGAGACCCGGGAGGCCUUCGAAGCUCGAUUGAAAACGAUGCAGGGGCUAGAAUUUAUAGUCGCGUAUGAUCCGCUGCAGGCGGCGGCACAGUCCGACACUCGCUUUGCCCACGAGCCGUCCAAUAUCUGGGUGAUUCGGAAGCAGACGCGGCAGAAGCGAGCUGGGCAGGAGGAUGAGGUCGCGGUGCUGUCUACCUAUUUUGUUGUUGGAGAUUGUAUCUAUAUGGCUCCGUCGGUUGCGAGUGUGGUGGGGAAUCGGAUUCUCUCUGCCGUCACAUCGUUGAGCAGUCUCCUGAAGACCGCAUCCUCUCUACCUACGUUCACCGCAUCGCAUGGAUACACCUAUAUGCCGUCCGCACCGAAACAGCUCGACGCCGGCCAGCCUGGCGCGCAGUCCCAGCAAAGCAAGGAAAACACACCGAUGCCUGACUCCGAUGCUGCCGCCAAAGGGCCGCUGCUUGGGUCGCAAAUGACCAAUACAGGGUCCGUCUUCCAGGAUACAAGGACACUUGCUGAAUCGUUCAACCUCCUUUCUCGAUACGGAGAAGAAUUCAUGGAUGAGAGUCCAUUGGUCGGAGAACCAGGGUCAUUUAUCCUCUCCAGAUCUGGGGAUACAGAGCGAGGGCCUGGGACCAAACAGCUUGCGCCCCCGGGCGUGAUCCCCAGAGUUGGGACACCGCAGCUCAGAGGAGAGACGCCGGGGAGGACCACCACACCGGCUGCGUCCGACGAUGCCACAUUACGGAAGGGGAAGAGUAAAGCUGGGAGUUGAGUGUGCGCCAAAGUUUCUAUGAUACCCACCAAGGCCUACUUUUUCUGGCCCCAAACACCUGAUUCAAUAAAGUCUAGUUUCUAGAAUAAUUCGACACGGUAUACAUCAGCAAAUCUAUCACGGGAUCGCCCCAGGACCUCUUUUUUCGAG